AUGUCCAUUCUUGGACUCGUCACGCUUUCCCAAGCGGCCGUUGUUGCUGCGGUUUGCUUCGUCGUCGGUCGAGCGCUGUACAACGCCUUCUUCCACCCGCUAGCCGUGUUCCCAGGACCACGGCUGUGGGCCUCGUCUCGCGUACCAUAUGCCGCCAACCUCGUUCGCGGCCGGCUGCAUCACCGGAUCAAGCAACUGCACGACCAGUACGGCCCGGUGGUGCGGAUAGCCCCCGACGAGCUGUCCUUCACCCUCGACGGGGCCUGGCACGACAUCUACUGCGGCGGCUACGGCAACAAGGGCUUCCCCAAGCACGACGCCUACCGCAACGCCCAGACCUUUGUCUCACUCUUCGACGCCGACGAUGAGAACCACACACGCCUUCGCAACCUCCUCGGCAAGGAGUUCUUCUCGCUAAACUCUGCCCGUCGCCAAGAACGCAUCGUGCAGGAGUACACCACUCUGAUGAUCAGCCAGCUGCGCAAGCAAUAUGUCAAGACCAAGCAGCCGGCAGACAUGCGCGAGUGGUACAACUUCUUGACGUUUGACGUGGCGGCGAGGGUGACGCUCAGCGAGGAUUUUGGCUGUCUGGAGAAAAGGACGUAUCACCCUUGGAUCGAGAUGGUAUUGACACACUUUAAACUGUCAGCGUUGUUGAUGAUCUCGCGGUUUUAUCCUCCUUCGUCUUCCUUGCUUUUCACCCUAGCACCGGCCAGACUUAUGGAGAUGAGAGAUACUUUUAUCAGGCUUGUGCGGGAGAAGAUUGAGCGUCGAAUGAGCCGCACUCUUCCGCCUGACGACAACGAUGAUUUCGUCACUGCUGCUCUGGGCAAGGGGGUUGAAAAGGGGCUGACGAAGGACGAGCUCGAGGCGAAUUGCAUCUUGCUUCUGUUGGCCGGGAGCGAAACCAUGACGACGUCGCUGCUGGGGGCUACACAUUACCUGUGUGAAAACCCCGCCGUCUUGCGUCGGAUGACGGCCGAGGUUAGGGCAACCGUCACAUCCGAGGAGCAGCUUACCUUUGGGUUCAUCACUGAGAACAUGCCUUACCUCAAUGCUGUGCUCAAGGAGACGCAGAGGCUGUGUCCACCGGUCGCGAAUGGGCCUGCUCGUGUGGUCAACAGGCCUGGCACCAUGAUUGCUGGGUUCCCUGUACCGGAAGGGACCGCUGUUGGUGUUACUCAGUUUGCGGCAAACCGCCAGACGUCGAACUUCACUCGCCCCAACGACUUUGUGCCCGAGAGAUGGUUGUCAGUGGAGCAGGCGGGGCAGAUUGGUGAAAAGAUUGGCGACAGCGCUCUUGCGCAAGAUGUCGAGCAGUUUUCGGGGGAUGUGCGCAGCGUUGUUCGUCCGUUCGUGGUCGGCGGCCGCGACUGCAUCGGACAAAACCUCUCAUGGGUCGAGUUUCGCGUUGUGUUGGCUCGGAUGCUGUGGAAUUUUGACAUGGAGGUGGUCAGGGAGGAGAAGUUUCCAUCUUUUAACCAGUGGACAGAUCAGAAGGCGUUUGAGCUUUGGCAGAAGGAACCUUAUCAUGUCAGCUUGACAGAGAGGACAAGUUUGUAA